AGAGCCUUUUUAGAUCUUGCUUUACACUUUCUUUCAAAUCUUUCGACAUUGGAUGGUUUGGCUUUUUAAGAGGAGAAGGAAAAUGAAUCCUUCCAAUUCCCUUCCCUUCCCCCAUGUUGUAUUCAAACAUGGGAAAAUGAACCCAUAAUUGAGUCUUCCGUCACCUUCUCCUCUUUGUGUUUAGAGGGAUAUGCAUCAUUGAAUAGAAAAUAACUCAUAAUUGUUUUUAUUAUAUCCAGAUAAGAUAUCUAUCAAAACAAAUUGAGAUAUUGUUAUGCAAUUAUGCCUUUUUCUUUUUGUGGUUCAUAGUGAGACAAGAGCCAUGUUAUCCAAUAUACAAGAAGUUCCAAACUGAUCCCUUCAUUCACCUUCUUCCGAGUUUGAUUUGUAUGUGAUCUUGUGUCUUUUGAGAGAGUUGAUGGGUGCAAUCAGUUGAUUUUCUAUUUAAGUGAGCAGUAAUUACCAAAUAGAUUAAUAAUCUACUUGAUGCCCAAGACAUUGUUCAACAUGUAUAUUAUAGUUCCCCUGCAAUGAAGUUUUAUCAUGGCAUGCAUAUAUACUAUUAGGCAAAAUGACCGUUUAGCUGUCAGCAAACUUGUUUCAAAUUUGACUAGGGGAGCAGUGCGCUCUCCAUUGGCACAAUGUCUCAUAAUUCGAUUUAUAAGUCAGGUUAUCAGAGAGUCUGGAAAUACUCAAAUAGGCGAUCGACCAUCAUUUUAUGACUAUCUUGAAGGUUGUCUUCGUCAUAAGGCCGAAAUGGUUAUUUUUGAGGCUGCAAGAGCAAUUACUGAGCUAAAUGGUGUCAUAAAUCGAGAGUUGACUCCAGCAAUUAUUGUACUUCAGCUGUUUCUCAGCACAUCAAAACAUGUCCUUCGUUUUGCAGCUGUUCGUACUUUGAAUAAGGUAAGCUUUCUCUUAAGAUUUAAUCUUCCCUUACUGCUAUCAUACUUGCUCCUUCUGUUAUCGUCAACAUUUUGAGUUAGGUUAUCGUCUGUGCCUAAGCAGACGUUCUUGUUGUCUCCAUCAUAAGUCACGUUUUACUAAGUUUUGGUGCAUUGGAUUCUAGAAAAUCUGAUGUCCUUAUAACAUUUAAGGAAUAUGUUCAUAUGGAUAUAUUAGUUAACCUUAAUGUUAAUUGUUAUUUAUUUGUACUAUAUCUUGUAUUUAUGAACAAAAAAUUUAGAAAUGAAACUUUUAUCUACAUGUAAAUGAUUGUCUAUCAAUUUAGGAUAAAAAAAGCCAAAAAAAAUAAAAUUUUAAGGGGCUCAAAUGCUCCGGUUUUAUUUUAAAAACCGAAGCAUUUGUAACAUAAAUGCUCCAAUUUUUAAGAUAAAACCGGAGCACUUGUAAAAGUCUCAAAUGCUCGGGCGACGUCUGCUACGCGUCAAAUACAGAGCAUUUGUGGCCUAAAAAACCGGAGCAUUUAAGGUUUUUUCUACUAGUGCGGUAUUUUAGCCGGGGUGUUGUAUUCACUAUUUUGAUGAUGACAAAUAUUUAUCUUUGAGUAAUUUAUUUAUGUUAUUUCGUGUGUUAUUAGAUUUAUUUAUUUUCUUUUUCUAAAUUUAGGUUUGUUAUUUUAUCUUAGGUUUAUUUUAUAUCACAAAUACCAUGUUUAAUAACCUAUGGAGACUUGAUUAGGAGUUUAAUCAAAAAUUAAGUUAUUAACUUUAUUUGUGUUUUGAUCACUAAUUAAUAUUAUGACUUUAAUUUGUGAAAAUAUAAGAAACCAUAAUGUUAUUGGAAGUUAGUAUAUGCGCAGAAUUGAAACAGAUAAUUGAUCGAGAAGCUUUGUGAGGCGCUAACUUCCACACCUAAA